AUGCUCUCUAACACCAACCCCACCACCGCGCCCAGAAGCACCAUUCUUCACAUUACCAGCUAUGCUUUGAAAGGUCCACCACUCGAUUUUGAGCCUGACGUCCACAUCAACGCCCGUCGGCUCAUCAAUCCACCAUCAGAGCUUCGCAAAGCCUGUGACGGUCGUUGCGAAGGCCUCCGUAGGAACUUGAGAGCAGAUCCGGCCUUCCAAGAGCUGCUUGCCGAAGCACAACCACGGAUUUUCGAGGCCGAGCAAAAGAGAAGAGCAUUGAUCAUCAAUGGCCAAGACCACGCUGUUCGAAUGGUUGAAGUCAAUGUCGCUGUAGCCUGCGUCAGAGGUCGACACCGCAGCACAGCCGUUGCUGAAGAGUUAGGCAAACUGCCUGUAUGGCCAGAACACUACGAAGUCAAAGUACAUCAUCGCGAUGUUGAUACUCCACACCAGUACCAGAAAUGGCAUCAACAAAACCUUGAGCGCGAGCGCAAUGGCGAGGCGGUUGACCUUGACAAUCCCGGCAUUGGGAGCAAAGACUCUGAUGACGAGGAUAGCUACGGUAGCCACAGCACAUCAGAAGAGGACAGGCGUCGCAGCGAAGCCGAGCCCCGAAGUACGGCAUGGUAG